GCUAUAGAUUAUUAUCCUUCACAUACUUCAAAGCUUGUUGAGCAGUGAGCCCGACGCAAGCAUCACUUGCAGGCCUGUCACCAAACUGUGUCCCAGUAGGACAGCCGAUAACACAUCGAUACUGCACGCAUCAACUAUACACAGCGAGAGACGUACUGUGCGCAAGAGUGCUGUGAAGAUGAGCGGAUUCUUUUCGCGCCACUCCAAUGUGUAUAUCUAUGUGCCAAACCUGAUAGGGUAUGCUCGGGUAGCUGCCGCGCUCUACGCGUUCGCGGUUGCAUUCACCAGUCCUUUCCAAUGCGUGGCUGCGUACUUCCUGAGCUUUGUUUGCGAUGAGCUGGACGGGAGAUUCGCGCGAAUGUUCAACCAGACCUCCACGUUUGGCGCGGUGCUGGACAUGGUCACAGACAGGCUUGCCACCACGGGCCUACUGCUGCUGUUGUGCAUGGUGUACCCUGCCAUGCACGUGGUGUGCGUCAGCCUCAUCUUCCUGGACAUCUUCAGCCACUGGUUCCAGAUGUACUCCACCUUGGCAGCCGGGUCAGCCACGCACAAGGACGUGAAGAGCAAGAGCUGGCUGGUGCGGACGUACUACAGCAACCGGCUGUUCAUGGGGUACUGCUGCGUGUCCUGUGAGGUGCUAUACCUGGUGAUCUACGCUUCAAAAUGGCCGGAGCUGAUGGGGAUCGUCGUCCCACUCCCAGCCGGCGUGACACUCACGCUGCCUUCGCAGGUCACGGCUGUGGCCCCAGCGCUGGCUAGCUUCACGGCGGCGUCGGGGCUGCCGCUAAUGACCCUGUUUGGGCUGAUGUCGCUUCCCGGAUUCUUCACAAAACAGAUCUGCAACUGGGUGCAGCUGCAAAACGCCUCCGACUCGCUCAUUGCGCUGGACCAGCGCAAGGAACAGGGCAAAGCCCGGUGACGGCCCAGUGUCUGAUACGCGUUCUAUGGGACGAAUUUAGCGGGAGACCAAGGCUUGUGUGGGGGAACGCGACAGCAAUGGGGCUUCAUGGCAGACUGAUGGCUUUGCGUAUGCAUGUCUGUGGCCUGGUGCGGUGAUGUAUAGGAGUAGGAGGGUGAUGAAAUGACCGGUGGCUGAUGGGCUGUACAGAAGUAAGCUGAUGGUGCGUAUUUGACCAUGCUUCCACUGUUUAUCUGUUGAGUAUCAUUGGGAAGGCGCGCGUUUGGGCGUCGCGCGCAGGGCUCAGGCAUUCUUCGAAGGCACGCGAUCAGAUGCGCCGCUAGCGAACCGCAUUUGAAUGAUGAGCUCUGAAGAUUUUGCUUGUCCGAGUCGCGCAAGGAUGUAGGAUAGCAGUUAGAAGUCGUGACAUUUCAGUUUGGGGAACGGAUCGUACCCAGCCAAGCAACUCUGGGCUCAGCUGGCGACACUGCCCUGCCGCCCUAGCCUCCUUUCAUGUAUGGUACGGAGGGAUCCCGAGUAUGUCGUUACCGCCCAGCAGCUGGGCACGCGAUGUGAUCCAGAGCUACUAUUUUGGGCUCGCCUUGGUGCAGGGAGGGCAGCGGGUAUGGGGCGGUGCAUGGUGUAUGGGUUUCGGACUUGCGGGCAACGUCAACUCUCCAGGAGAUUCACAGGCGCAGGCACAAUCGUACGCUGAUGUAGAGAACUAUCCCCGAAGAUUCGGACGGACUCUCUCGUCCGGGCUUGCAAAUACGGGGAAAAGCUUUUGCAUCUUCGGGGAGCGGCAAGAAAUGCCCCCUUCUGCAAGCCCUUCGGCGAGAAAGAUUGGGCAUUUCAGGGUUGCAUUCUCGCCGCGUGGGGCUGCAUACGGUAGGUCUCCAAAUCUCGCCGACUUCCCCUUCCCGGGGGUGUUUGGGGGCAGCGAAGCCCCUGCCCCAAAACGCUAAAAACUAGGCAUUUGGGGCCGCUGGAUGCCGUGGGCUAGGAAAUGUUU